UUUGAAUGUUAUAGAUGUGUGAAUGUGUGUCACGUGUUGUCAAUUGAAAUCCCUUUCCGUUUGUGAGACACAACACAAGUGUUUGGAUUUAAUAAUACUUAUCAUUAAAUCGUCUUUAAAUCAAACCAUCGAUGGCUACCAAAGAAGCGGUUCCUUCGGUUCAAGUGUUCGGCCGCAAGAAAACGGCAACAGCGGUGGCCUAUUGUAAGCGCGGCAAUGGUCUCAUCAAAGUUAACGGCCGACCGCUCGACAACGUUGAACCACAAGUCCUGAAAUUUAAGCUCUUGGAGCCAAUUCUUUUGUUGGGUCAGGAAAGAUUUUCCGGAGUUGACAUCAGAGUUCGUGUUAAUGGUGGCGGACACGUGGCACAGAUAUAUGCCAUAAGACAAGCCAUUUCUAAAGCUUUGGUGGCUUACUAUCAGAAGUACAUCGAUGAGGCGUCCAAGAAGGAGAUUAAGGACAUUCUCAUUCAAUAUGACAGAACUUUACUGGUAUCAGAUCCACGUCGUUGUGAGCCCAAGAAGUUUGGAGGACCGGGUGCUCGGGCCAGAUAUCAAAAGUCGUACCGUUAAUGGCUUUACUGUUUUUGUUUUAUAUUAUGAUUUAAGUAAUAGUCUUUUUGCGGUAAUUUUGAGGCGAUUAUUAAUAAAAUGAUAAUUCAAA